AAGCGGGUUUUGAAAACCAAAAGGAGGAGGGGUGCCAGAGGAGGCCAGGAUCCGGGCCUCCAUCCUCAGGGGAGCCAGGAGUCAGCGAGGAGAUCGCCUCCCACCCCCACCAACGCCAUGGGGCCCGACUGCCCACCGCCUCCCCCUCCCCCUCCCCCCAACAACAACAACAACAACAACUCCAAGCCCAGCGGCCCCAAGAGCACCUGCGUGCCCAACGUGAGCGAGCGCAGGCGGGAGGAGAUCUCGGAGGAGAUCAGCAGCCUCAGGGAGAAGGUCAGCCGCCAGUACCAGGAGAACAGCAGCCUGCAGAACCAGGUGCAGAGGCUCAGCCAGGAGAACAGCAGCCUGCGCGAGCAGAUGGAGCCCCCCCCCGAGGAGGAGGACGACGAGCUGGAGCUGCGUGGGGCCGCGGCGGCUGCCGCUCCCCCACCCCCCAUCGAGGAGGAGUGCCCCGAAGACCUCCCGGAGAAGUUCGACGGCAACCCAGACAUGCUGGCACCCUUCAUGUCCCAGUGCCAGCUCUUCAUGGAGAAGAGCACCCGAGAUUUCUCCCUGGACCGCGUGCGUGUCUGCUUCGUGACCAGCAUGAUGACGGGCCGGGCAGCACGGUGGGCCUCAGCCAAGCUGGAACGAUCCCACUACCUGAUGCACAACUACCCAGCCUUCAUGAUGGAGCUGAAACAUGUCUUCGAAGACCCUCAGCGUCGAGAGGCGGCCAAGCGCAAGAUCCGUCGCCUGCGCCAGGGCAUGGGGUCGGUGGUCGACUACUCCAAUGCGUUCCAGAUGAUCGCCCAGGACCUGGACUGGAACGAGCCCGCUCUGAUCGACCAGUACCACGAGGGCCUCAGCGACCACAUCCAAGAGGAGCUGUCCCACCUGGAGGCGGCCAAGACCCUGUCUGCACUCAUUGGCCAGUGCAUCCACAUCGAGCGGAGGCUGGCCCGGGCCGCGGCGGCGCGCAAGCCCCGCUCACCGCCGCGUGCGCUGGUGAUGCCCAACGUGUCUGGCCACCACCAGGUGGACCCCACCGAGCCCGUGGGGGGCGCCCGCAUGCGCCUCACCCAGGAAGAGAAGGAGCGGCGUCGCAAGCUGAACCUGUGCCUCUACUGCGGCACCGGCGGCCACUAUGCCGACAACUGUCCUGCCAAGGCCUCCAAGUCUCCACGCGGGAAACUCCCCGGCCCCGCUGUAGAGGGACCAUCAGCGACCGGGCCGGAAAGAAUAAGGUCCCCACAAGAUGAUGUGGUAUCAUCACCACACCUGCAAGUCAUGCUCCAGAUCCAUCUCCCGGGCCGACACACUCUGUUUGUCCGAGCCAUGAUCGAUUCUGGUGCUUCUGGAAACUUCAUCGAUUACGAAUAUGUCGCCCAAAACGGAAUUCCUCUGAGAAUCAAGGACUGGCCAAUACUCGUGGAAGCCAUCGAUGGGCGCCCCAUCGCCUCGGGCCCCAUCGUCCACGAGACACAUGACCUGAUCGUAGACCUGGGAGACCACCGCGAGGUGCUGUCAUUCGACGUGACUCAGUCUCCAUUCUUCCCCAUCGUCCUCGGAAUGCGCUGGCUGAGCACCCACGACCCCAACAUCACCUGGAGCACACGCUCCAUUGUCUUUGACUCCGAUUACUGCCGCUACCACUGCCGCCUCUACGCGCACCUGCCGCUGCCGCUGCCGCUGCCCUCCUCGCACCACACCCUCUACUACCCGAUGGAAGGCUACCGCGUGUACCAGCCCAUGCGCUACUACUACGUGCAGAAUGUCUACACCCCCGUCGACGAACACGUCUAUCCUGACCACCGGCUGGUGGACCCCCACAUUGAGAUGAUCCCUGGCGCGCACAGCAUCCCCAGCGGGCACGUGUACUCCCUGUCGGAACCCGAGAUGGCGGCGCUGCGAGACUUCGUGGCCAGGAACGUGAAGGAUGGGCUCAUCACCCCCACCGUCGCCCCCAACGGGGCCCAGGUCCUGCAGGUCAAGAGGGGCUGGAAGCUGCAGGUGUCUUACGACUGCCGUGCUCCGAACCACUUCACUAUCCAGCACCAGUAUCCUCGCCUGUCCAUUCCCAACCUGGAGGACCAAGCGCACCUGGCGACCUACACCGAAUAUGUACCUCAAGUGCAUGGCUACCACCCCACCUACACCACGUACCCCACCUACCCCGUGGGAUUCGCCUGGUACCCCGUCGGCCGAGACAUGCAAGGGAGGUCGCUCUAUGUGCCUGUCAUGAUCACUUGGAACCCACAUUGGUACCGCCAGCCACCGGUGCCCCAGUACCCACCACCGCAGCCGCCGCCCCCACCACCCCCUCCGCCGCCGCCGCCGCCACCGCCCCCCUCCUACAGCGCCAUGUGA